GUAAUCUUGCUUUUUUUGCAUAAGUGUUAUUGCAGAUAUGAAAAGUGAAUAUGUCCAACAAGAGUGGCAAAAAAAGGAAACUCAUCACUCUGGAUGAGAAAAGAGUGAUGAUUCAAAGAAUUGGAAGUGGUGAAAAACAGACUGAUGUGGCAAAGGAGUAUGGACUGUCCAAGCAAAGCAUCAAUUCAAUCUGGACAAACAGGGAAAAAAUCAUGGCUGCUUGUGAGACCACUGGCAAAGGUGUCUCAAGAAUCCACAACAAAAGGCAUAGACAUCCAGUGAUGGAUGAAGUGGAGAAGCUUCUCCUCCUGUGGAUAGAAGACAUGCAAAUGAGAGGGGAUCCAUUGUCUGGGGAGCACAUCUGUAGCAAGGCCAGGCAAAUAUAUGAGGAAAUCAUCAAGGAUUAUCCUGGAGAAAGCUGUGAUUAUGAUCAUGAAGAAGAGGAAGAGGAAAAGAGGAAAGGUUUCAGAGCUAGCAAUGGCUGGUUCUACAGAUUUUUAAAAAGGACUGGAAUCAGGACUGACAAAAUGACAGGAGAAGAAGGGGAUCUGCUGCCAAUAAUAGCCUGCCAAUGUGUACUGGAUGAUGAUGAUGGAGAGGACAACAAGGAAAUGCUUGCUGAAAUUGUUGCCACUGCCAGAAAUCUGAACAUGGAUGUGGAUGAAGAAGAUCUUACAGAACUUGUUGAAGAAAAUGCUGAACAUCUGAGUGUGGAAGAUCUCAGGGAAAUGGCUGCCAUGAAAGAAAAUGAAGAACAAGGAUUGCCUAAAACACAGCAGGAGGUUCCCAUCAAAACAGCUGACAUUGAGCAAUUUUUGAAAGGAUGGGAAAGAGUUCAAGAUUUCAGCAUGAAGCACCAUCCCAAGAAGCUUGAAGUGAAGCAAGUUCUGGAUGCUGUGGAUGAUCUUUGUGGUGGAUAUUUCCGCAGCCUAAUGAAAAGCAGGAAAAUGAAGCAGACCAACAUAAAAAAUUUCUUCUCUCCUCCUAGAGCUGGGCCAUCAGGUGCUACACCUACUGGGCCAUCAGCAGGUGCCCAAGCUGGGCCAUCAAGAGACCAAAACCUGUUCAAACGUCAUGUUGGCAAUGACUCUGACUAAGCACUGUAUUUUUAAAAUGUUUUUCAUAUUUUUGAGAAUGACUGAGUAUAUAUAUGACAUAUGGGCUUCCUUCUUUCCUGUUUUGGAAGUGCAUAAAGCUCAGGUUUGAUUCAAUUAAAAAA